UCUGAUACUUGCACAAUCUACUAACAAAGGUCAUGCAGCACCUGAACACCAUCAUGGCAGAAUCACCGGGCCUCAUCACUGUCUUCCUUUUGGGAUAUCUACUCAGUGCUGAAUGUGCAGUUUUUCUUGAUCGUGAAAAUGCCACCAAAAUUCUUAUCCGUCCAAAAAGAUAUAAUUCAGGGAAACUGGAAGAGUUUGUUCGAGGAAACCUUGAGAGAGAAUGUAUAGAAGAAAGGUGUAGUUUUGAAGAAGCACGAGAAGUUUUUGAAAACACUGAAAAAACUACUGAAUUUUGGAAGCAGUAUGUUGAUGGAGAUCAGUGUGAGUCAAAUCCUUGUUUAAAUGGUGGAAAAUGCAAGGAUGAUAUUAAUUCCUAUGAAUGUUGGUGCCAAGUUGGAUUUGAAGGAAGGAACUGUGAAUUAGAUGCAACAUGUAACAUUAAAAAUGGCAAGUGCAAGCAGUUUUGUAAAAAUGGUGCUGAUAACAAGGUAAUUUGUUCCUGCACUGAUGGAUACCAACUUGCAGAAGACCAGAAGUCCUGUGAACCAGCAGUUCCAUUUCCAUGUGGAAGAGUUUCUGUUUCAUACAGUUCUAAGAAGCUCACCCGUGCAGAGACUAUUUUUUCUGACAUGGGCUAUGAAAAUUCUACUGAAGCUGAAUUCAUUCUGGAUGACAUCACUGACGGCACCAUUCUGGAUAACGUCACCGAAAACAGUGAAUCACUGAAUGACUUCACUCGAGUUGUUGGUGGAGAAAAUGCCAAACCAGGUCAAAUCCCUUGGCAGGUCAUUUUAAAUGGUGAAAUUGAGGCAUUCUGUGGCGGUGCCAUCAUUAAUGAAAAAUGGGUUGUAACUGCUGCCCACUGUCUCAAACCUGGUGAUAAAAUUGAGGUUGUGGCAGGUGAAUAUAACAUUGAUGAAAAGGAAGACACCGAGCAAAGGCGAAAUGUGAUUCGAACUAUUCCUCAUCACCACUACAACGCAAGCAUUAAUAAGUACAGCCAUGACAUUGCCUUGCUAGAGCUGGAUAAACCUUUAAUACUAAACAGCUACGUAACCCCUAUCUGUGUUGCCAAUAGGGAAUAUACAAACAUCUUCCUCAAGUUUGGGUCUGGCUAUGUAAGUGGCUGGGGGAAAGUCUUCAACAAAGGUAGACAGGCUUCAAUUCUUCAAUACCUUAGAGUUCCAUUGGUUGACCGAGCCACGUGCCUUCGGUCCACAACAUUCAGCAUCUAUAACAACAUGUUCUGUGCUGGUUACCGUGAGGGAGGCAAAGAUUCUUGUGAAGGAGAUAGUGGGGGACCCCAUGUUACUGAGGUGGAAGGGACCAGUUUCUUAACUGGCAUUAUUAGCUGGGGUGAAGAGUGUGCAAUAAAAGGCAAAUAUGGAAUAUAUACUAAGGUUUCCCGGUACGUCAACUGGAUUAAGGAAAAAACAAAGCUAACUUAAUGAAAAAAAAAAUCCUAUUUUUGAAGACUAUUCACUAGGAUUGAAAAUGGACCAAGCCCUUUACUAACUAGUCAUUUUCCAUCUCUUGUUAAAUUUGAAUAUAUAAGUUCUAUAAAUACUGAUUUUUCUCUGUGCAGAUGAGGAUCCCAUCUAAGAUCUAUAUUGUACUAGAUCAAGUAGGUUAGCAGAUAUAAUCGCUAGAGAAUGAGUUUGGUAAGAGAUUUUACUGUUUCCAUAAGUGCAGCCCUUGGCAAAAUUAGAAAAGAAAGUUUUCCAUGGUGCCCAUCAGGAAGGAUGGUCCUCGACUGCAGUGACUUACCUGGUUCUCCCUUCUUAGCUGCAACCCAUGUCGUAGAUCUUCCUUGCCUCUCUCAAGUUUAUUGGGUUUCUACCAGAAUCUUUAGCCCAUUUAAGGCCAGAGGCACACAGGAGCCGCUGAUAGGUUAAAACUCAUCAAAACCAUUACUUCCUCUCCUGUUUUUUUCCUGAAUCCUGUAUCUUUUCAUACUCUCAAUCCCUAAAUCAGUGUUCCCUGCCUCACUCCCACUCUCCCUAGCCAUGGAGGAGGAAGAGGACUCUUUUUAAAUGCCAUACAUAUAUAUAUACACACCCAGAAAACCCAUAUUCGCUUUCAGUUUGGUCUCAAACUUACUUUGAAUAGCAUGGGAUAAGGUGUACUACCUACAAUCAUAAGGGGAAUUCCCCCUUCAAUGCACCACCCAGGAUAGUUCCCUAAGAAUGUGUAAUCGGUGAUCAUGGAGGCCUGACAUUGAUCAAAAUGCAUCGCCUCCUGUCUGAAAGAAAUCAUGGUAAUAGAAAGUUAAUGAUGAGCCAGACAGAGUAGUGAAUGCCUUUAAUGCCAGCACUUAGGAGGCAGAGGCAGGUGAAUCUCUGAGUUCGAGACCAGCCUAGUCUAUAGAGUAAGUUCUAGGACAUCCAGGGCUACAUAGAGAAGCCCUGUCUUGAAGAAAAAGAAUAAGAAAGAAAAAGAAAAAAAGUAAAUGAUUAAUUUAGGCAUGUAAGUUCACUGUGUAUAGUAGCAUAUUGGUAAACAUUUAAGCAAGGGCUCUUAAAAACAACUCAGAACCUUAUGUGUAGCAACUACUCAUCUCUAUGGUAUAAUCUUGGUAGAUUUCAAGCUAUUAACAUGAAAUUACUGAACAAGGGAGUUGAUAAAACAUACAAAAUUGAUCUAAAACAAUGCUUUAGUCAGUUUUAACCUAGAACUAGCUGAGUUCUCAAGGAAUGUUUUAACAGCGUGUGUUCAGCCUUCUCCAGAGCCAAUCAACAAGACAACUUGCCUAAACAAGACAACCAACAUAAGUGCGCUCAAGGCCAGAGUCAUUGCAAAUGGCCAACUGAAUUGCCCAUUUCUGGUUUUCAGCUCUCCAAUGAGCUUUGUUAUUAUAAUUAAUCUUGCUAUAUUAAGUUUUCUAGAGGGUAACUGACCGUCCAACACGUUUUUUCAUCUGGGAAUUAAUGAACUUGUAUUUUAAUUCAUAUCAUGGAUCUCUGUAUAAACUUGUCUGAUAUUGAGUACUCAAUGAUGCAUAAAGGGGACAAAUGACAAAAGCAGGAUUUGAACCCCUUGGCACUGUCACCUGCCCCCAUCAAACAAACCCUACUUCACUACUGCUGAUUUUACUAAAGUUCCACUACUUACUCUUUUUUGUCUUGUAAAAAGUAUCAAUAAACAUCUUUCCAAAUUUC